AGGAAAAGAUAACAAAUAAAGCAUAAUAAGGGGCGAAUCCCAAUCCCAAUCCCCAACGAAUCAGAGUCCAUCCCCAAACACGGAUCUAGUAGUCUAGUAGUCUCUGCAACUUUGGAACCACCCAACCAAUCGAUUAAUCGGCAACCAUAACAGUUCAUCAUGUUCCUCAAAACCCCUUUCUUCUUCCUGCUUCUCAUCAUCUUCGCCACUCCAAAUCCAACGCUCGCCAGAAAACCUCACAUCAUCAACUUCAAAUCGCCCAGUCUCUACCCAGAGUCCUUGUCUUGGGACCCAUCCGCCCAACACUUCGUCGUCGGCUCCCACCGCCACCGCUCUCUCCUCUCCGUCUCCGACGCUGCCGUCGUCGACACCAUCGUCUCCGACCCCUCCCUCCCCCAUAACGCCACCAUCCUAGGCGUUUCAGUCGAUCGCCCCCACGGCCGCCUUCUUGCCGUCGUCCACUCCGCCCCCCCGCUCCCCGUCUUCAACGCCCUCGCCGCCUACGACCUCCGGUCCCCCGACCGCCACCGCCUCUUCCUCGCCCAGCUCCACGACCCCACCAAUUCCUCCCGGCCAGCCGCCAACGACGUCGCCUUCGACUUCUCUGGCAACGCCUUCGUCACCAACUCCGCCGGGAACUUCAUCUGGAAGGUGACUCCCGCCGGUGAGGCCUCCGUCUUCUCCCGAUCGCCGGCCUUCACGGCCUACCCAGUCGACCAUUCGAAGCCCUACAGCUUCUGCGGCCUGAACGGCGUCGUUUACAUCUCCAAGGGCUACCUCCUCGUCGUCCAAUCGAAUACCGGCAAGCUGUUCAAAGUCAACGCCGAAGACGGAACCGCACGAACCGUACUGUUGAACAGGGACCUAACGUUGGCGGACGGGAUCGCCGUUAGAAGAGACGGCGUGGUUUUGGUGGUGUCUCAGUAUAAGGUCUACUUUAUCAAGAGUGACGACAGUUGGGCAGAGGGCGUGGUGUUUGACGAAACUGCCCUGGAGGUGGAGGGGUUCGCGACUUCGGUGGCGAUAGGGGGAGACGAGAGGGCAUACGUGUUAUACGGGCAUAUGGCGGAGGGGCUUUGGGGAAAUGGGGAGAGGGAUUGGUUUAGCAUAGUGGAGAUACGGUCGGAGAAGGAAAGCCAGGAAGACGACUCAGUAUGGAUGUUUGUGUUGAUUGGGUUGGGCUUGGCUUAUUUCUUGUUCUGGAGAUUCCAGAUGCGCCAGCUUGUGUCAAACAUGAACAAGAAGACCUCUUAAUAUUAGUCCGUGUAGACGACUGUGGACGAACACGGCAAGACAAGACACGCUUCAUUCAAUGAGAGUCGACUGAUGUAUGUAAUCUUCUCUGGUAUAUUUGAUUUGAUUGCUCUGUUUUUACCUUCAUAAUAAUUUUAGGAUUUCCUUUUUCUUUUGUUUGAUAAUGCAAGAUUCGUGUAAUUUCUCUUCUUUCUUAUACGAAAUAAAUAUUAUUGUUUUUUUGUCU